AUGCCCCCCCCCUUACACCCCUUCUCGCUGGAAACACCCGCCUCUCGAGACCUGCGGCUGGCUCCCAGAUACACCUCCAUCGAGGUCGAGGAACGAUCUCCAUUGGGCGUCUGUGUGACGCAAUUGAAUGUCAUGAAUGCGGCGAUUCGACUCAUGUUCGGAAGAUUAUCAAAGGGUCCUGGGGGGGCAAACAAGCUAGAAGCCAAGAUCGGCGGCACAGUGCCCGUAACUCUCAUCCUCGUCUUUGAUUUCCAGAGGCGUUGCCAAGGGGCUUUCGACUGGGUCAGAUUGGCACAGAAAAUCAUGAUCCCCCUCAGCUUGAUCGACUUCUGGCAGAUUAGCCCUCAUGGCAGCAAAGAAUUCCGACACCUGUCAACAUGGGUACAUGGCGGAAAGAAGAAGGAUCAGGCUAACUCGCUUCAAGCUGUCAAAGCCAAUAUUGUCCAACCUUCUAGAUGGCUGGACUCUGACUCCCAUAUCAUCACUACCUCAAACCCAACUGAUGGAACUGACAAGAUCAGUAAGGUCUACUCUUAG